GAAUCCAUUUGUAUUGUAGUAAGGUAAAACAUCUCCCAGCAUCAAAUCCUAUAGAUAAGAUCACUUUCAAAAACAGUAUCAUUAUUCUUUGUUUCACCUUAAACAUGUUACUUCCUUUUCCUAUAUAAACCCACUAACUAGCCCAGUAGUACUCUCAUAUUAUCAUAAUAUUCCAUUAUCAUUUCUGAAGAAGCUAAUUAGCAUUGUUUCAGCACUGGUUCUCUCAUCUCAACUUGUGUAGAUUAAGUAGAAGAAAGGAGGGGAAUUGAAUAUUCAACUUCAUGGAUGUUGCACACUUUUUGUUUGGCAUAUUUGGGAAUGCUUCCGCUUUGUUCCUCUUCUUGGCACCGGUGAUUACAUUCAAGAGGAUUAUAGUGAACAAAUCAACAGAGAAGUUCUCAGGCCUUCCAUAUGUUAUGACACUGCUCAAUUGUCUUCUUUCUGCUUGGUACGGUCUUCCUUUUGUGUCUCCACACAACAUACUAGUAUCAACAAUAAAUGGCACAGGAGCAGUAAUUGAAAUCAUAUAUGUUUUGAUAUUCAUCACAUUUGCACCUAAGAAAGAAAAGAUCAAAAUCUUUGGCCUAUUCACCGCGGUACUCUCCGUGUUCUCCGUUGUUGUUUUCGUGUCGCUCUUUGCCCUACACGGCACGCCUAGGAAGAACUUCUGUGGCUUCGCUGCCACCAUAUUUUCUGUCAUCAUGUAUGGUUCUCCUCUCUCAAUUAUGAGAUUAGUAAUCAAAAGCAAAAGUGUUGAGUUCAUGCCAUUCUUCUUGUCACUGUUUGUGUUUCUUUGUGGCACUUCUUGGUUUAUCUUUGGUCUACUAGGUCAUGACCUAUUUAUUGCGGUACCUAAUGGACUUGGUUCUGUUUUGGGGACAAUACAACUUAUAUUGUAUUUCAUAUACCGUGACAAUAAAGGUAUUCCAAAAAAACAUGGUACAACAGAGGAGAGUUCAAUGGAAAUGGGCAAUGGAAAAUCACAUCAAAUGAAACAGUCCAAUGCAAAUGAAAUUCAAGGGUGACAUUCAAGGACAUUGUGUCAUUCAAAACAAUAUAUGUGUUUUUCAGCUACAUAAUAUGUAACUGCUCCUAUUUUUGUUUCUUAAAUGACAAUUAUUUGCUUGUGUUAAGAGUCUGGCACCUUUAGGAGUUUCUUUGGUACUUCCCAUUGUUGAGACAUAUAUACAUGGGUGAGUGAGUGAGUUUCUCUUAAAUGAUGUUCUUUUUCCUUGUAGCCUAAAAAAAUAAAACUUGUAACUAAUUGUUGAGUUUAAUUCUGAUAUAGUAUUUGUAAUA